AUGGCCGGUCACGAAGACUCGGCUUCGGCCGUCAUCUUUGGCGGUCUCGAAGACCCGUCACUCUCCAACUUCUUCGGUGCCGAUGAUCCAACCGACAACGCCAACAACAACACCAAUCCAAACAGUACUCACAACAGCCCUACCGGUCCAAAUUCCGUCUUCACAGCAGAUUCCAAUUGGCCGGCCUUCGACGAGACCCCGCCCUACGACGCUUACGAAAGUACGAAUCCCUUCGACACUCUCUAUUCGGCCCCCCAGUUCGCCCAGCAGCAGUGGCAGCCGCCCCAAGGCCCUCAGUUCCACGGCCAACCACUCCCGCAGAGGACAUUGGCUCAGCAACAGUCCUCGAGCGGCCCUGCUGUUGCAACCCUUUCGCCUUCAGAUCUCAGUCCCGUCACCCUCCAAGCCGAAUCGGUCAACCUCGUGCAGAACGGCCGCUUCCAGCCGAAUCCGGCAGUUCAACCUCUUACCCCGGCUCAGCAGGAACGGCUUAAGAACAUUGCGAUGCCUGCUCACCUCCAGUACCACUCGCCCAAGAGCGAGCCGAGUCCGAACUCUAGCCCGAGCGAUAAAGAACACGGCGAUACUGCCUCCUCGCCCGAGGCGACUGGAGUAUCCAAGACCAGCAGCAGAAAGCGCAAAUCAUCGGCCGACGACGAAGAAGACGAUGAUGACGAUGGCGACGGAAGCCAACCUGUCAAGAAGACAGCGCACAACAUGAUUGAGAAGAGGUACCGGACCAAUCUCAACGACAAAAUCGCUGCUCUAAGGGACAGCGUACCUAGUCUGCGGAUCAUGUCAAAAAGUGCACGAGGCGAGGACACGACUGAAGACCGGGAAGAGUUGCACGGAUUGACACCAGCACACAAGUUGAACAAGGCGACAGUUCUCAGCAAGGCAACUGAAUACAUUCGUCAUCUUGAGAAGCGAAAUAACCGCCUCAUGAGUGAAAAUGAGUCCAUGCAGCAACGCAUAAACGCAUUCGAGAAACUGUUCAUGGCGGGGGCCAUGAAUGGCGGCAUGAGCCCGAUCCAGCAACCUCCUACUCCGAUCCAGUUCCCCACGGAUGCCCAGGUGUUCAUGGGUGCGCCAAUGACUCCCGGGCCCGACCCUCAGGGCAUGAUCCAGGUGCCUGAAGAUAUGAAGCGCAUCAUUCAGGCCCAAGCAGCCGCCGGCCGCCCAUACCCGAUCGGCAACAACCAAGGCAACUUCCAGCAGAACGCGGCAAUCCUGCGUCAGCAGCAGAUCCAGCAGCAACAGCAACAGCAGAUUCAGCAGAACAGGUGGGGCCAGGCAGCGCCUUACUUUGGCAAGAUGAUGGUCGGUUCCUUGGCCGGUCUCAUGAUUCUUGAGGCUGUUCGAGAAAACGAGCAGAGCACCGGGUCACCAGAGGGUCGUGGACUCUUUGCCAUUCCACUCAACGUCCUCGGCUCAUUCGUCUCUCAAUCUCAUGUCAGCAUCGCAGGCUACUAUGUGUCGGCAGGCCAGAUCAUCUCGUCGCUCAAGUUUAUGCUGCUCUUCGCUGCCAUACUUUAUACCUUCGUCCCAGCAAUGUUCUCGGCCGUGUCGUCAAAGCCACACAAGGCGAAGCAGCAGGCCAGGGCAUCACUGGCCGCUGUACCUUCGCUCGCUUCUCCUAUUCACGUCAGGCGUGAUGCAUGGCUCACUGCUAUACAAACUGUCUGGGUCCCCCGUCACAACUUCAUCCUCGAAGCUGCCGCCCUUGUUAUCAAGAUCAUGAAGCUCAGCCUGCGCAACGCGAUCGGGAUUCACGGAUAUCAGGUAUUGACUGGCCUGACUGAGGAGCAGGAGACGGCCCGGGUCAAGGCAUGGGCAAUUGCCCUUGAUGCUCAGCUUGCCGGAGGGGAUGUCGAGAUCAACAAGAGCAGACUUACACUCACUCUGUUGGCUUCGGGAACUCUACCUGACACGCCACUGCGGCUUAUGCUCAAGGCGCUACACGUCCGUGUGCUCCUUUGGCAAUUCAGCAAGAACGGCCUCUUGAAUCUUGUUGCCGCCAAGCUUGCCAGGUCGCAGUGGAAUAAGGCCAAGCAACUGUUCCGUCUCAGCAACGCAGCUGGCGCAAGCCAGUCUGUUGAUGAUGCACUUCCAGACCAUCUCGCAGUUCUCCUUGAUCAAGACUGCGAUGAUGUUUUGAAUGACGAUGUUGUCCAACGUGCACAUAACCUGGCCUGGAAUCGUCCCACGACUCACAAUGUCGUCGCAGACGUGGAUGGAAUGAACGCAGUAGUCGAGGAUCCAGCGAUCAAAUCACCUCUGGAUGCCGUGGCGGCAUGGUGGUCUAGUCUUAUCCUUCACCAGGUACUUAUCACAAGUCUCACUGAAGGCGUUGAGGCGGAUAACGACGAGGACAAGGGAUCGGCCAGCAGUGCACCCAGCGAUGACGAUAUUGUUCUGGCUGCCAAGGUCGCCCCGAUUGGAUCCAACGCACAGGUCAGGGCUAUCGUUGCUCGUUCAUUCCUAUGCACUAAAAACCGUGGCGCCAACAUUGCCGCCGCUUUGGAGGCUAUCACACCGUCAAAUGCACCGAACAAAUUCAUCGCAGACAGCCGUCUUCACCAGCCUGAUAGUAGCAGACAUAUUGACGUUGACCCGGACGCGAGGAUGGCUCUCCACUGCGCAAUGGUCGCGGCACAUCUCACCUCGGAAAACCCUAAGCCCUCUGCUCUGGAUCUCGUUAGCAAGAUACUCCGAGGUCCCACAGAUGGCCUUACCCUCCUGGGAUUUGCGGCUGCGUUUGGUCUCAUCGCCUCCCUGCACCGCCAUCCAAUCGCUUCAGAGACCUGUUCCGCGUCGAUUGAGCGGAUGUCUGGUGCUCUGAGGAUAUGGAUUGGCGGACCAAGCAGUGACAGAUGUGCGCUGGGUCAAGAUAUCAGGCACGACGUUGUUCAACGAUGUCUCGCAAUCACCAGAGCCGCUGUCGGAAUGGAAACUGACCCUGGCUAUGGGAGCAUGGGCGAAGAGGAGCAGCAGGAAGCCAGGAGAAGUUCAGACGCAAGUUCAAGCAAGCCAGAGGACGAAGACGAGGAGUCUUCCUGCUUCUCAUUCUCGGAAGAAUCUUCCUGA